UCUUGGAUGAAUCGGAUUGCGAAAAAGGCGAAAAAGGUGAAAAUCCAAAAACAGUAAAAAUAUGCUAAAAUUGUAAAAAGUUUGCAAGGAAAAUGUUGCGGAACCUCUUGAAAGUGAAGGACUUUUCAAGGAUCAAUAGUUAUGGAACAUCAUCUCUCGUGGCGAAUUUCUCACAAUUAUCUUUGAGGAAUGUUUCUGUACCACUCCAGACCUCUGCAACCACUCUAGAAGUACCCCGGAUUGCUGCUUUCGUGGAAAACUCGAAUAGGAUUGAUGUAUUAUCAAUUGGGGGGUCCUUGACUAAUCAACCGCAUAUUAUCAACCGGUAUCCCCUCAAAGAGAUUCGAGAUGUCCCACGAAACCCCAUAAAUAUCAUUGAACCCCCGUGUCAACGUAUUCUCAGUGAGAUAAACAGCAUUAUUCGCCAGGAAAAGGAGAUUAAACUUCCGGAAGCGGGAACAAUCGUAGAAAAGCAUGCAGUUCGAUUAAUUGUAAUUCGCCGGAAGAAAAUGAAGAAGCACAAGCUACGAAAACUCCGGAAGAAGAUGAAGUAUGAAUGGGCCAAAGUACGACAACGUAGAGAGAUGCGAAAGGAAAAAGCCUUCCGGGCAGAAAUAUUCGCCCAAAUCAAAGAAGCGGAAACUUUCUCAGCAGAAAAGUAUGUUGAGGAGAAAAUAAGAAAGGCCACUGAAGUCCCAAUCCCUAGAUUCUGGAAGAAUCGUCGUCUUCCUCAAUUUAUAAUCAAGGAGAAAUUGGGCAUAAAGUAAUUCAUUAUAGACGCGUGUAGAGAAGAAAAUAAAAUUUUUAGAAUAAAUAA